AUAUGCAAGAUCUAUUUAAAUGAAUGGACAUUUAUUUUGAAUUUUCUUUAAUUUCCUUUCAAGCCACUACCCAAUAUUACUUGGUUUCGCAAGCGGAAUGUGGCCUUACUACCUUCUUCUACUGUGUAUAAUAAGCACAUCAUCAGUGGUUGUAGCCACAGUCCGCGAGAUCGAAAUCGAUCUUUCCGUUGGCGUCGUAAAUCCUGACUGCUAUACCGAAGGCUACGAAGUACUCCUGGUGAACGGACAACAUCCUGCACCACCCAUCCGGGUCACCAAGGGCGAUGAAGUCCGCAUCACUGUCAGAAACGCUGAAGACUCAAACCGUGAGACGACAAUCCACUACCACGGAAUUUUCCAAAUUGGUACCGUUGAGGCCGAUGGCCUGCCCUACGUGACACAGGCUCCAAUCCCACCUGGUGGCACCUUUCAGCAGAACUUUCGCGUCAUUGAUCAGACUGGUACCUAUUUCUAUCACGCCCACAGCAGUUUACAAGAUGAUGCUAUUCAUGGGCCGUUUAUUGUGUACGAAACCGAUGAGGAUUGGCCAAGCAGCGACGACGACGACAACGACGACGUGUACUUCAGUUACAAAAAGCUUCGUGAAGGACCGUACGAAUAUGACGAUGAGCGCGUGCUGUUCUUUUCUGAAUGGUGGCAUCAAGAUCAAAGCGAUCGGUUGGACUAUCUCUUGGGAACAAACUACAAAGGUUUGACACAAUCGCAUAGUAAACUAAUCAACGGCCGCACGGUGUACGAUCCAACCAUUCUUCAAGACGACGUUGACGAUUGUGACGGUUACUCGGUGAUUAACGUGGAGCCAGGCAAGGAGUAUCGCUUACGUAUCAUUGGCUCAACAACAUUUAGCACCUUGGGAUUCUCUAUCGCUCACCAUAUGCUGACAAUCAUUGAAGUGGAUGGAGAAUUGAUUGAACCGUACGAUACAGACUUUGUGCAAGUGGCGCCUGGUCAACGAUUUUCCGCUCUCCUCAGGGCCGACCAGCCCCCUGAAAGCUACUACAUCGCGACAAAAUCCUACUUUACUGGGGACCCGAACAGCAAUGCACUUGCGAUUCUCCGAUACAAUAAUGACCGUUAUGAAAAGCGCGGCUACACCGGCGACAGUGGAAAGCAACAAGCAAACAAACCAACGAUUUUUGAACCUUGCUCAACCAGCCAGGCUUUAGUUCGUGACAUGCCAUACCUUCCAGAUGAAGAAGACGCGCAUCCUCGAGGAUGGUUAUUCCCGGACUUCCGCCCUGUUUCUCCUGUUGACCAUGACUUUUACUCCCCACCUGACCGAACGAUUGUCCUCACACCUGUCGAGCAAGAAAUGCCCGAUGGCACUACUCGAUGGAUUAUAAACAACCACAUGCCACCACACUGGAGGCCAUCAUUGUUGGAGAACCUUCAGCACAUGAACCACCGGACAGUGAACAGGACUGCAGUUGAUAUGAACUGGCAUGGAUACAGCGACGGAUAUGACGAAGGCCAUCAAACCUAUCCUUUAGAGGUCGGCGAGGUAGUCGACUUUGUUAUCCAGUCAACUAUACUCUCGGGUAAUAAUAAAGCUUGUGCUGCACAUCCUUGGCAUACCCACGGCAUGGUGCAUUAUGCUCUUGCAAACGGCAUUGGUGAAUACAUUCAUGAGCUUGAUUGCGAUAUUCGGACGUAUUCUACACCCAUUGCCCAGGACACUACUUUGGUCUACCCGGCUCCACGUAUUGGGCUUCCUUCCGGAUCUCCUUGCAGUUGGGUGAAAAUUCGACUACUUGUGACUAAUCCAGGGCUGUGGGGUUUCCAUUGUCAUAUAACCAGCCACAUGUUGCAGGGCAUGAUGACCGUUCUGGAAGUCAGUCCAGAGCGAAUACCUAUCCUUCAAUAACUAAGUCAAAACUAGAGAUAAUACCCUUUGAUUUCAUUAUUUUCUGACUUUUAUUGUAAUACUCAUCCAUACUUAUUACAUGCAUCAUUUUCCUUAUAGGAACAAGGUUACAAAAAGUUUUUAAUUAAU